AUGGAUCAAAGAGAUAGUAGAUCUCCAUCUCGUUCACCAGGUGACGAUAAUAAAAAAGAUAUAGAUAGUAAAAAUAAUGGUGGUGCUGUAAAUAACAACUCAAAUGGCAGCAAUACUAAUAAUGGUAAUUCAGCAACAAAUGCUAACAAUGAUAUAGUUAUGAAGGAUGAAAGUAAUAGUAAUAACAAUAAUAAUAAUAAUAGUAAUACCAGUAACAAUGGUACAAAUAGUAAUAAUAAUAGUAAUAACAACAAUAAUAAUAAUCGUGAUAAUAGUAGAUCACCUUCACCAAGAGGUAGAAGAGGUGACUCUAAAGAACGUUCAAAGAGUAGAGAUAGAAACGAUAGAGAUAGAGAUAGGAGUAGAGAUAGAAACGACAGAGAUAGAGAUAGACAUGAUAGAGAUAGAAGUAGAGAUAGAUAUGAUAGACAUGACAGAAGCAGAGAAAGAAAUAGAAGUAGAACACGUUCAAGAUCUGGUUCAAGAAGAAGAAAGUCUAUCGAUUUUAGCUUAUUAGCUGAAAGAAGAGUUUAUGUAGGUCGUAUCUCAAAUAAAACUACAAGAGAAUCUCUAGAAGAUUCUUUCCUUAAAUUUGGUAAAGUUCUAUCGUGUGAUGUUAAAAAUGGUUAUGCUUUUGUUGAAUUUGAUAAUGAAAAGAGUGCAAGAGAUGCCAUUGAAGAAAUGCACGAUUCAAUUGUUGACGGUGAAAAGAUUCUUGUAGAGAAAUCACACAGUGGUAAAAAACAUCCAGAUGAAUGUUUCAUUUGCAGAGGUCGUGGCCAUUGGGCUCGUAGUUGUCCAAAAGGUGGAAGAGGUAGAGAUGGUAGAGAUAGAGAUUAUAGAGAUAAUAGAGACAGAGAUAGGGAUAGAGAAAGAGAAAGAGAAGGUCAUUUAAGAAACAGAACUUGUUUCACAUGCAAUGGUGUUGGUCACAUUGCAAAGGAUUGUCCAAAAUCAAACAGACGUUACAAUCCAUACAACAACAAUAACAACAAUAACAAUGGUAGAAAUAGAGAUAGAAGUUAUUCUCGUUCAAGAUCAAGAUCACCAAGAUACAGAAGCAAUGGUGGAAACAGAUAUAGAGAUAGAAGUAGAGAUAGAAGUAGAGAUAGAAGUGGUGAUAGAAGAGGUGGAAGUGACAGAAGAAGUGGUAGAGAUAGAAGUACCGAAAGAAGAAGAGAAAGAAGUAAAUCAAAUGAAAGAAGAAGAGAAAGAGAAGGUAACAAUAGUCCACGUUAA